AUGAAGGCUUGCGAAGGAAACCUGUUUAAAUAUAAGAUUCAGAAAAUGUUGAGCGGCUCCUGCUCCCUCACCACCACCCCCCUUCGUCUUCCCAAAGCGGCUCCUGCUCCCUCACCACCACCCCCCUUCGUCUUCCCAAAGCGGCUCCUGCUCCCUCACCACCACCCCCCUUCGUCUUCCCAAAGCGGCUCCUGCUCCCUCACCACCACCCCCCUUCGUCUUCCCAAAGCGGCUCCUGCUCCCUCACCACCACCCCCCUUCGUCUUCCCAAAGCGGCUCCUGCUCCCUCACCACCACCCCCCUUCGUCUUCCCAAAGCGGCUCCUGCUCCCUCACCACCACCCCCCUUCGUCUUCCCAAAGCGGCUCCUGCUCCCUCACCACCACCCCCCUUCGUCUUCCCAAAGCGGCUCCUGCUCCCUCACCACCACCCCCCUUCGUCUUCCCAAAGCGGCUCCUGCUCCCUCACCACCACCCCCCUUCGUCUUCCCAAAGCGGCUCCUGCUCCCUCACCACCACCCCCCUUCGUCUUCCCAAAGCGGCUCCUGCUCCCUCACCACCACCCCCCUUCGUCUUCCCAAAGCGGCUCCUGCUCCCUCACCACCACCCCCCUUCGUCUUCCCAAAGCGGCUCCUGCUCCCUCACCACCACCCCCCUUCGUCUUCCCAAAGCGGCUCCUGCUCCCUCACCACCACCCCCCUUCGUCUUCCCAAAGCGGCUCCUGCUCCCUCACCACCACCCCCCUUCGUCUUCCCAAAGCGGCUCCUGCUCCCUCACCACCACCCCCCUUCGUCUUCCCAAAGCGGCUCCUGCUCCCUCACCACCACCCCCCUUCGUCUUCCCAAAGCGGCUCCUGCUCCCUCACCACCACCCCCCUUCGUCUUCCCAAAGCGGCUCCUGCUCCCUCACCACCACCCCCCUUCGUCUUCCCAAAGCGGCUCCUGCUCCCUCACCACCACCCCCCUUCGUCUUCCCAAAGCGGCUCCUGCUCCCUCACCACCACCCCCCUUCGUCUUCCCAAAGCGGCUCCUGCUCCCUCACCACCACCCCCCUUCGUCUUCCCAAAGCGGCUCCUGCUCCCUCACCACCACCCCCCUUCGUCUUCCCAAAGCGGCUCCUGCUCCCUCACCACCACCCCCCUUCGUCUUCCCAAAGCGGCUCCUGCUCCCUCACCACCACCCCCCUUCGUCUUCCCAAAGCGGCUCCUGCUCCCUCACCACCACCCCCCUUCGUCUUCCCAAAGCGGCUCCUGCUCCCUCACCACCACCCCCCUUCGUCUUCCCAAAGCGGCUCCUGCUCCCUCACCACCACCCCCCUUCGUCUUCCCAAAGCGGCUCCUGCUCCCUCACCACCACCCCCCUUCGUCUUCCCAAAGCGGCUCCUGCUCCCUCACCACCACCCCCCUUCGUCUUCCCAAAGCGGCUCCUGCUCCCUCACCACCACCCCCCUUCGUCUUCCCAAAGCGGCUCCUGCUCCCUCACCACCACCCCCCUUCGUCUUCCCAAAGCGGCUCCUGCUCCCUCACCACCACCCCCCUUCGUCUUCCCAAAGCGGCUCCUGCUCCCUCACCACCACCCCCCUUCGUCUUCCCAAAGCGGCUCCUGCUCCCUCACCACCACCCCCCUUCGUCUUCCCAAAGCGGCUCCUGCUCCCUCACCACCACCCCCCUUCGUCUUCCCAAAGCGGCUCCUGCUCCCUCACCACCACCCCCCUUCGUCUUCCCAAAGCGGCUCCUGCUCCCUCACCACCACCCCCCUUCGUCUUCCCAAAGCGGCUCCUGCUCCCUCACCACCACCCCCCUUCGUCUUCCCAAAGCGGCUCCUGCUCCCUCACCACCACCCCCCUUCGUCUUCCCAAAGCGGCUCCUGCUCCCUCACCACCACCCCCCUUCGUCUUCCCAAAGCGGCUCCUGCUCCCUCACCACCACCCCCCUUCGUCUUCCCAAAGCGGCUCCUGCUCCCUCACCACCACCCCCCUUCGUCUUCCCAAAGCGGCUCCUGCUCCCUCACCACCACCCCCCUUCGUCUUCCCAAAGCGGCUCCUGCUCCCUCACCACCACCCCCUUCGUCUUCCCAAAGCGGCUCCUGCUCCCUCACCACCACCCCCCUUCGUCUUCCCAAAGCGGCUCCUGCUCCCUCACCACCACCCCCCUUCGUCUUCCCAAAGCGGCUCCUGCUCCCUCACCACCACCCCCCUUCGUCUUCCCAAAGCGGCUCCUGCUCCCUCACCACCACCCCCCUUCGUCUUCCCAAAGCGGCUCCUGCUCCCUCACCACCACCCCCCUUCGUCUUCCCAAAGCGGCUCCUGCUCCCUCACCACCACCCCCCUUCGUCUUCCCAAAGUGGCAUAAUGAGUGCAAAUGUUCAGAAGGUAGUAAAGAGCUUGGCUGGUGGAAACCAACAGUGUUAGUUUCUUUGCAGCGUUAUAGAGGGAAUAUCUUUUGA